AUGUUUUAUAUUUUAAGGGUCUUUAUUUUAUAUUAUCAUAUUAUAUUUUUUUUAUGGAGUCUUUUCUGGCCCAUUUUUUCUAGACUUUAUUAAACAAAAUUGUGUAUUUUUGCGGGACCCUUUUGAAUUUAGGGUCCGGAGCAAAAUCAUUUGUACUUAACAAGAGAAAUAUGAUGUUACCAUUUGUUUUUCUAACCCAAAUGUUCCCGGCCAAUCUGUUUGGCUCAUGGAUUACCUUAACACAUCUUGAACUUCCUGAAAAUUGGGUCGUCUCAACUUCCGCUGUUGAAGGAACUAAUACUAGAAAUACCACAGAGCUCUAUGAAUAAUACAGUCGAAUUAAGGCCUACUACUGCUGUCUGGCACUCAAGUCUAUGCAAAUAUCAACAUAUGAUUCAACCAAACAAUGAAACUGAUGUUUCCUGAGGAGAUGAAUGUAUCAACUAUUGUUCCUUUUUGUUUGUAUGUCAGUAAUGGAGACCUGCACAGGGAAGCAAUAGAGAGGAAACUUGGUAUUCAAGAAUUGUGGAGGGCUCUCAAGUUUCAGGUUUAUUAAGCAUCUCUAAGUAUAUGUUGUGGGGGUGGAAGACUCGGUGAAAUUGGCUACCCAUACACCAAAAUGUGUCCAUAAUCUUGUGGAAAAAUGUCUGUAAAUUGUGGUAACAGUGUUUCCAGUGUGUCUGAUGGAGAAGGUGGAGAGAACCACUCUUCUGCAGAUAAUAGUCUCUGUGACAUGUACUUUUCUGAUACUGAGGUAUUGGUUGCAAGAGCAGCACAGCAAGAUGAUAUAUCCAAUUAUGAUUUGGACCAAGGGGAUUUCCAGUCUGCUUUUAGAAGAGAAUCUUGCCCAGAUAUUUCAACAGUGGAAUCACCACUGCAGGGGGAAGAUUUUCCAGACAACUCUCACUCAGCUAUGUCUACAGUAGAACAAGGCCUUGCCAAAGAUCAUUAUCAUGUUGUGUUUAAAGAAGGGCAGUUUACAAAUCCAGCUAGAACACGAAAAAUUAGGAGGAUUCGAAGAGGAAGACUCAGAGAAAGGAACUUAAAGUGGCCUUUGACACCUAGAUCACGGUCGUUUGAAAGAAAACAACCAGUUAGCAGCUCAAGGAAGCAAAAACUUAUUCUCUUUUGUCUGUGUCUAGUUAAUUUUACAUCUUUUUUGAGUAUGUCAAUCAUUGCUCCAUUUUUUCCACAAGAGGCUUCAGCAAAAGGAAUGAGAGAAGCAGUCAGUGGAUUUGUCUUCAGUGUUUAUGCUUUGGUCAUAAUGGUAACCUCACCUGUGAUUGCUAAGGCUCUUCCUAUUGUUGGAGUGAAAUUUACUUUUCUAACUGGAGUAUUUUUUUCUGGAGUCAGCAACAUUCUCUUUGGGUUGUUAGUAUUGGUGGAAAGUAACAUUGUUUUUCAAGUGUUCUGUUUUGUGGUCCGGUCAUUUGAAGCUCUUGGCGCAGCUGCUUUUACUACUGCUUCAUACACAAUUAUUCUUGAAAUGUUUCCAGAUGAUGUUGGAACAGUGUUUGGUUUCACGGAGACUUUUGUUGGAGUCGGAUUGUGUUUAGGUCCUGUUAUUGGGGGAGGUCUGUAUAGUCUUGGAGGUUAUGGCUUACCUUUCUACAUCCUAGGAUCUCUUGUCAUAGUGAAUAUUCCUGUCUGCUGGUAUGUAAUGGGAGAUUUGCCAGGUAGCAAUAAAACCAUAAAGUCGGAGUCGUAUAAAAAUUUACUGACGAUCCCUUCAGUAAUAGCUGUAUGUGUAGUGAUCAUUGUCUCUUCACAGUCUCAAGGAUUUCUGGACCCAACACUUGAACCUCAUGUUCGUCAGUUUGGGAUAAAGGCUGAUAUGGUUGGAGUCCUUUUUUUAGUGAUGUCUGCUGCUUUUUCUUUGUUUGCACCAUUUGUAGGCUGGCUGUCUGGAAAAAUGGAUAACAAGUAUCCAGUGAUGGUGAUUGGGUUGGUGCUGAUGACAGGGGCUUUGUUAUUUAUGGGUCCAUCUCCAUUCUUACCACUUAAGAGCACUUUGUGGUUGAGUAUCGUGUCCAUAGUUCUGCUUGGUGUCUCUUCAGCAUUAGCAUAUGUUCCAACAUUCGAAUGCCUUCUUCAAGCUGCAGUCAAUGGGGGGCUUGAAGAUGACAUGGGAACCUACAGUGUAGUUUGUGGUCUUUGGGGUACAAUGUAUUCUCUUGGGGAAUUUAUGGGUCCAUCUCUAGGAGGAGUGCUCUCGGAUCUUUUGGAUUUUCCAUUAGCAGCAUCCGUUAUGGGUGUAUGUUCAGGAAUUACUGCUAUCAUAGCUACUCUACCAUGGAUAUUCUGUAAAGAUAACAGUACGCAACUAGUCGUUGUUGAACCAGACAGUAGCAUUAGUGAAAUUAUGACAGAAGAGGAAAAUACCUUGUUGCAAGUUCCUGAAGAUCAAUCAAAGAAUUAUGGAUCUAUAUAAGAUUAAGAUGUGUUUCAGAAAAGAAGUUGUUAGGUUUUUAAAAGAAGAUUUGGGUUUUUCACUGAAAUAUAUUAUUCACAAUAGUUUUAAGAGGUUCCGAGUCUUUCGAGAAGGGAAUAUUAAAGAAUAAAAUGGAUGAGACACGAGAAGGGAUAAUGGUUUCAAUUACGAAGUGUGAACUGUGAAGUGUUGAUAAUCUUUCAUUUGAUUAUAUAUUAGGUGACUAUUAAUGGAUACUAAGAAGGUCGUAAUGUGAUGUAUAAAGUUUUUUGUAUUGAACAUCAUUAAGAAAAGUAGGAAAUUGACUUACAGCAUCGGUGAAUAAAGAUCAAAAAUUUUUUUUCUGUUAUCUUACAGAUGUGAAUAUGUUUAGGAGCAUUUCAACAAACUUUCUACAUUUUUAUAAAACCCUUUAACAGCCAGUGCUGAAAACUUGAAUAGUUGUUAGUGACAUGUGUGUGUGUAUGUGUGGUCCACAAGUGUUUUGUUUUUUUAAAAGUAUCUUUAGGGGGAGUAUUUUUUUCAGGGGCUGUAGUUUGUAUAUUGUUUGAUGUAUUAGUGAAAUAUUCAGUUUAGAAUUGUUUUAUGAGAUUAAAUAAGAAUUGUAUAUUUUGUUAAAAUAUUUAGUAUAUAUAUUAUGAAACCUGGAAGAAAUAAUAUCCACUCGAGAUCCUGUCAUUUUUGGUUCCAUUACACAGAGGUUUAUUCUAUUUUUUCCCAAAAUUGUGUCUGUUACAUCUGAAGUUUAUAAUUUAUAUUCUACUUUACAAGAGUUGUUGAUAAUGGGUAAAAUUACCACUUAAGCCUUUUCAUGUAAUUAUCCCAUUUUAAUGAUAUUGUAUGUAAAAACAUGAAAGGUACUAAGCUGUUUUCAUGCUGGUUGGAUAUAUUUCCUUCACUUUUGUCUCUUGCAUGCAUCGUUAAUUGUUGAACUUUUCAGCUCUGAAAAAACAACUAUAGAAUCUGGAGUUCUGAUCAUGUAUAUUAUCUAUAUAUGAAAUUAACCCCUUAAAAACAGCUUAAUUUUCUUCAAAAAGUAAUUAGUUGGUUAAGCGAGAAGAAUGUUAUUACUGAAUACAAUUAACACAUAUAAUGCCAAAAAAGGUCCAAUUUUUUUAUAUAUUAUUAAUAAAUGUAUGGAAUUUGAGAUUCAACACAUUUGUUAACUUUCACAGUAUGAACUGUACAGACAGCCAUUGAAUAACCACCUUUCACAAAGUGAACGGUAUAGACGUCUGUCAGCAGUUAAUUGAAAUGUAAGUAUUAAAAUAAAUACCAAAGGUUCAAAACAGUAGAUGUUAUAAAACAUUUCAAUUGUAAAGUUAAAUAAAUUUGUAUAAUUAAAGUAGAAAUAAUUUAUUAUUUCAAACAAGAUAAAACCUAUUGAAUAGUGAACUUCUUUCCUUAUGCAUUACGUUUUCAAAAAGUUAUGGGAAGAAUAUCUUGAAAAUGACUGGGAUUACUUUGAUGUAACUAUAUACCUCGCUUACUUCUAAAACACUCAUCUUACUAACCCUACUAACAUUUAUAUAUUAGUAUCAUUUCUAACUUUCAAGAAUCUUAAGAUUGGCAUUUAAUAAUUCUAUUAUAAUAACCAUGACUUUAUGUACUAAAAUACGAGUCAAUAAAACAAGUGUUCAACCAAAAAGUGCUUCAGUAGAUUGCCAUUAGUAACUCGCAAUUAAUG